UCGCUAUAAGUAACCUUUAGAGAUUUAAGCAGUUUGCAAUGAUUAGUCGGUUGGUUCUGUUGCUUUUGUUGGCUGCUGGCAGCUUGGUUGACUUUGCCACAUCGAAUUCUCUGAGUCUCGUUGGCAUGCACAACUAUCCGGUGGAGCAGCACAGGCUGACGACGAGAGAUGGCUACAUCCUCACCAUAUUUCGCAUUCCGUACUCGCAGCGUGAAGGCGGACGCAAGCAGGUUGUCUUCCUGCAGCACGGCAUCACUGGCUCCUCCGAUGAUUGGCUGCUGAGCGGCCCCAACAGUGGGCUGCCAUUUCUGCUGGCCGAUGCGGGCUUUGACGUGUGGCUGGGCAACUCUCGGGGCAAUGAAAACGGACGCGCGCACAAGAUACUGGAUCCCAAGAACGACACAUUCUGGAAGUUUAGCUGGCACGAGAUUGGGGCCUACGAUCUGCCAGCACAGAUCGACUAUGUGCUGAGGAAAACGAAGCAAGCGGCGCUGCAUUUUGUUGGUCACUCACAGGGCGGCACCGCCUACGUGGUGAUGCUCGCGGAGCAUCCAAAGUACAAUGAGAAAAUAAUGACAACAAAUCUGCUGGCACCCCUGGCCUUCUGCAGCAAUAUGGAAUCGAAGCUUAUGACGCUGGUACUGAAGGUAAACGAUUACAUGGUCGAGGGGGAGUAUACUCCGGGCAGCCUGACGCAGCACACGUUAUCCGAAGUGGUGUGCUCCACCAUGAUUGGGAAGCACCUCUGUCAGGACAUGCUGUUCACGCUCAUCGGUGGCAAGUCGCCGCACAUAAACAGGACACUCAUCCCGCAGCUGGGAAAUAAGGCAUCAUUCGGCUUCUCCAACAGGCUGCUGAAGCACUACGCGCAGGUGUUCAAAACGGGUCGCUUUGCCAAGUACGAUCAUGGGAAUGCCACGAAUCUGAGGGUUUACGGUACGAGUCGGCCGCCACUCUACGAGCUGAGCAACGUUGCGCCGGCAGACAGGGUGAAUAUGUUCUACAGCGACAACGACCAGCUGCUGUCAGCUGAGGAUGCGCAGACACUUGGCCAGCGCAUUGCUGCCACUCAGCAUCACGUGAAGGUGAAGAACUGGAACCAUUUGGAUUAUGUUUACGCCACAGACGUCGUGCAGGUCAUCUACCGACAGCUAAUUCAAUCGAUCCGUGACUACGAGGCGAGUCCCAUCUGAUUUGAAUGCUAUUUAAAUAUAUGCCAGAGAAGUUGUA